AUGGGAGCAUUGGAUAAUGUUUGGAAUAUUCUCUUCUUUCCAAGUCAUCUCCUCGUCGGCGCGUCGAGUUCGGCGCUAUUUGUGCAACCUGCUAGUCCCAACUCAGACUCGACCACAUUCCAGACACUGUUCAUGGCGACAUUACGCGCAUUCCAGAGCGAAAUCGAGGAUAUCCAGACGAAAUCUGCCGAACAGCAGCGAAUAGCAGCGGCAGCUUCUGCAGCGUUGGCGGACAAGAAGCUCAAGCCAAAGGAGCCUGUAGACCAAGCAGCCAAAGACACGCCCAUGUCUCCUGUAACCGACAACGAUGACGAGGAAGACCUUGCUCAGGUUCAGGACUUGCUCUUAGGAGACGAAGCAUCGCAUAGACGAGUCAGCGAUCUCAUUGCCUCGAUUGUGACUCGUAAACGCGGAGAGUGUCUAGUUCAUCUCGGCCUUCACCCUCCCCACCAGCUCCUCUUUGGCAACUCCCCAUUACCCACAGAGCCCACAGACGACGCUGCAGCAAAAGAAGCCGAGUGGAGAGGUUCCAAAUUAGACGCCGAGCAAUUGAAAACGGCUAUUGCCACUCUAACGCAAAUCGUCGACGGACUCGGCGCGACAGUGACUCGACUAUUCGAACACCCAACUCGGGCGACCUGCCUCGUCCGCAUUCCCCCUCCAACAGUAGAACUCACUCCUGAAGUCCGAUGUGCAGUUGUUGGCAACGUAGAUUCCGGCAAGUCGACCACGCUCGGCGUACUCACCCGAGGCGCUCUCGACGAUGGCCGAGGCAAGGCGAGAGUAGGCCUUUUCCGACACAAGCACGAAAUUGAAACAGGAAGAACAAGCUCCGUUGGCAUGGAGAUUCUUGGAUUUGGUCCUAGUGGACUUCCCAUUCUUCCCGCCAUUGCAGCAGCUCCAGACUCUGAGGUUGUCAAGAGAGAGCGAUUAGGCUGGGAGGACAUUGCCGCUCAGAGCUCCAAAAUCAUUAGCUUUAUUGACCUCGCUGGGCAUGAAAGAUAUCUCAAGACUACUCUCUAUGGGCUAACUUCAGGAGCACCGUCGUGUGUCUUUCUAAUGGUGGGCGCAAAUGCAGCCGGAUUGAUAGGAAUGUCCAAGGAGCAUCUUGCAAUCUCGUUAGCUCUUAGCGUGCCUGUGGUGAUCUGCAUCACCAAAAUUGAUAUGACCCCAACAAACGUCCUGAAUGAGACCAUCAAGCAUAUUGUCAAAGUCUUAAAGAGCCCUGGAUGUCGUAAAACUCCAGUUUUCGUUCAGUCUGUCGAGAGCGCGGCCGAGCUCUCUCAGGUGUUCGUCGGGAAGCGGUUAUGUCCCAUCUUUCAAAUCUCCAAUGUGACUGGGCAAGGUCUUGAUCAUGUACGAACAUUCCUCAACCUAUUACCUUCUUCCGAGAACGAGAAGAAGUUUAUCAAGGAUCAGCCAUUAGAGUAUUCGGUCACCGAAGUAUGGAGUGUGCCAUACACCGGAGUGGUUGUCAAUGGAAUCAUUAACAGUGGGACAAUCACCGCGGGUGAUCCUGUUCUCAUCGGACCUGACUCUCUUGGUGGAUGGAUCAGCACAGCUGUCAAGAGUAUCCAUCGCAAACGAGCACCAGUUCCCUCCGCGGAGGCUGGACAGUCGGUCAGCUUCGCGCUCAAGAAGAUGAAGAAAGGAGUGGUCAGAAAAGGCAUGGUCGUCAUUGCCAAGACGGAAACGCCGCCCAAAGUCACCAGGAGGUUUGAAGGACAGGUUCUCAUCCUCUAUCACAACACUACACUUCAGAGAAACUACCAGGCAAUGCUACACUGCGGAAAUAUCCGACAGACCGUAAGACUGGUAGACAUGGACUCUGAACAGGGCAUUCUACGGACAGGCGACCGUGCCACCGUAAUAUUCGAAUUCAUCCAGCGUCCAGAGUUCUUGAAACCGGGCAUGAAAUUGUUAUUCAGAGAGGGCUCCACCAAAGGCUUAGGAGUCGUCACCAAGCUAUUAUGA